CGUACCCUUAGAAUCAUAGUUCACAUGAUUGGUCGCCCAGUUCAUACUAUAAUAGGUAGCCAGUGAAAUGCACCGCUGGGCCCUUGUGAGAUAUAUCCCGAAGAAUAGCUGCGCAAUGCCGUCUUUUGAAAUGGUUUGUCCGUAUAAACAACAGAGGUUGGUGUCUUUGCCUUCGCUUAUGAUUGAUAUGCGAAAGACUUGCUCAUAAAAAAACAAGUGUCAUUACCUAUUGAAAACAUUAUCACGCCUAACCAAAGGCGGUCAUAGAGCAAGAAGAUUUCAUAGGAACGGCCCUCCGUUUAGCAUCCAAUUGAGGUAUCACUAUAUUUUGAUAUACUGAUCUGGCACCGUUUUCCUAGCGUCAGGGCAUUUCAACGUGGUCGUUCAGGUCCAUUGCAUCAAGAUGCUCUAGGCUCAUUCAUGGCGCUAAUCGCGGGCCAAAGGGUGUUUGGGAGACCAAAAGCAUUACCGGUACGCAUAUCCCAUGUUCUUCAUUGUAUAUUAACCGCCUUUACUAUAAUUUGGUAGGUGCUAUUGACUCUAUCACGAAGCGUUAUAGGGUUCUAGGGAAACCCUGAUGGCCACGAUCAGUAGUGAUAUAGCUCUACCUAAAUCACCAGAUUGAUAUGAGGUCGGCGACGCCGAACAUACAUAGUAGGAGCACCCUGGAACAUGAAGUGGAUGAGGGUUGUAGUCACCAUGCUACCCUUCAUCGGGGAUGGGUGGUGGGGUGGAAAGCACGUAGCCUACAUACCCGGUACGUAUCUGAGUCAGAUUUUGAGCGCCUCUGAUAGCAUCGCCAAGCUCACAAGUUUAGGAAGAGCAUACUGCCUUUUAAUUGGCAAAGAGGUUAGAAAGUGCGGUGUGCUAAGAGGUGAUGAGACGAUGAAUACGCACGCACAUCACGUAGCUAUGGUUAUUUUGGUGAGGCGGGGAAAAGGUCACGAUAAGAUAUUGAAGUUUCGGGUUACUGCACGGUGGUGUACUAGGGUUUAUGAUUCGGUAACUACGCAGGCUUGCCGCUUAAUCUUAAGCGAACAUAGUCAAGCGUCCCGCGUACAGUUAAUACCUUCUAAUGUAGUAUCGUUUCUUACGUUUCUUACGAAGUAGCGGGGAGUAUUUACAGCAGUACAACA